AUGUCAAGUCCCCGCCAAAUUUGCGAACAACAUUGGAGCAACGCGACAUGGCAAACCUGCACUUGCCCCAGAUGCGAACCGCGCCUCCACACGAAGGUUAUCCAUCACGAAGAUUUGAAACCAUUCAACCUCCUUCGCGGCCUGACGUGGAGAGGGCACGAUGCUUGGCGAAUCGCAUCUCUCGCAGUCUCCUCCUUUACCGGCCCAUCCAAGCACCAGAAGACCAACCAGAAGUGGAUCGCAUGGGCGAAGAAACACCAUCUUUUUGAAGAACGACGGGCCGCGGCUGAUUGUCUCGAUGAGGAGGCUCUGAACGAAGUAGUUGAAAUCUUCAGCGACAUUUUCCUCUUGCGCCAACUGCCAUCCUCGAAGAUUUCUGUGCGGUGGGCCAUUCUGGACAAGAAUCAGCUUGGCUUCCUCCAGUCCGGAAUCUCUCCUAGAGAGCGCAUGAUCCUGCGGUUGAACUGCGACCACACGCCAUUGCAAAACUCUGCGGAAAGAAUCCUGUGCGUGGUGCUUCACGAAAUGGCGCAUGCGUUCUUCGACUACUAUGCCUGCAACCCCUGGAUCAAAGCUCAAUGCGCGCAAUCCAACUGUGGAAAGCUCUAUCAUCUCAACAUCGGCACGACUGGCCACGGUCGAGCUUGGCAAUACUUGAUUAAUCACAUGCAACAUUCCAUGCGGGAUGCUUUGGGAUUCGAGGGCGAUCUUGGUCGAAAGGCAGGGAUGUGUCAAGAACUCGAAGCUGGGGGUACGAAAUGCGCAUCCUCGUUUCCGGUGGAAUAA